AUGACCUCCAAGCGCUGGCCUAGAUGUGUGCCUGUGGAGACGGGACUCCCUCACCCAGAAGGCCCAGAGCUUGGCACAGGGCCUGGCGCAUCCCCCGAGGGAUCAUCUCCACCCUCCCAGCCUCGAACCCAGCUCCAAGCCCACUGCCAGGGCCCCGGGGCCGAUGGCUCCUUCCUUCCUCGCCCUCAGCAUUCUGGGGGAUCCCGGCGCCUCCGCCCAGGGGUCCGCCGGAGACGCGGCUGGAGGGGCCUCCCUCCCCCAUCCUCAGGGCCUCCCGCCCGGCCCGGCCCGGCCCGGCCUGGAAAAGGCCUCCACUUCCCCUUCUUUGCCCCUCCCGGUGCGCUUCUUCUCGCCCCCCAGCAGCUGCUCUCUCCGCGUGGGGCCCCGUCCCCCGCUCCCUCCCCGGAUCCCCGCAGCGGCUCUAACCCUAAGCCUCCCCCCUUCCCGCCCUGCUCCCUGCAGGGUCCGGGAGCCACAGACUUCCAGUCAGCACCACCGAGCCUGGACAGAGGGAAGUUUACUGAGCACUGGGAGGAGCCCAAGCCCCGCCCACCGCCGGCGAGCGCUGCUCCGGCGAAGAUCGCUCCCGCCUCCGCUGCGCGGCUCCAGCUCCGGAAACCCUGCGUCUGCCAGGGAGAGACAAAGACAGAACUCAAUAGCGCCGCCCGCCGGGGAGAGCCUGCCCGCGCGCACCGGGGCCUCCCUUAUCCAGGCUGCAGCGGGAACAGCCCGGUGGAGUCACAAGAAGAUGUCAGGAAGGGGGAGAGCCGUGGGGGCGUUUCUUUGGCCCGCUGCCCACAAACACCUCCCCGGUCUCAGCCCACAGGCCCGGCCUCCACCUUCGUUGGCCCCCUGGCCUGCUCUCCAGGCCCCAGCCCGGCUUCGUGCUGGACUCUGCAGGCCCAGACCCGCCAAGCAGCCUCUCCUCCCAAAGCAGUGACCGUUGGGCCACAUCGAUCUGGGCUCUUGGGAGUUCAGAAGACCUGA